UUGAGAAACCCUUCAAAUUGAUUAAACCCCUCUUUUUCGUCUGGACUGAAAAGAGCAGGAAAAAUGGCGCUGUUUCGAGCUCGCGCUGUCUCCUCCUCUCUCCUUCGCUCAUGUCUACGCGCUCCUUCUCGUUCUCUCUCUACUGGUGCUGGCGAGACGGUGGAAUCGAAGGAAGUGCCGUCGUUGAAGUCGAUGAUGAACCAAAUGUUGACGCUCGACAUCAGCUCUCAAUAUGGGAGCUGUAUGCCUCUGUCAAAUAUGCGAAUCGGGAUGAACAUUCACAACAUUGAGCUCCGCCCGGGGCAAGGUGGGAAGCUUGUGCGCGCUGCAGGCACAUCUGCGAAGAUACUCACGGAACCGAAUAGAUCAGCCAGGUACUGUGAAAUAAGACUGCCGUCUGGAGAGAAGAGACUGAUAGACAAGAGAUGCCGGGCAACGAUAGGGGUCGUGUCGAACCCUGAGCACGGGGCAAAGAAGCUGAGAAAGGCAGGUCAGUCCCGGUGGCUGGGGAUCAGGCCCACAGUGAGAGGUGUGGCGAUGAACCCAGUCGACCAUCCCCACGGUGGUGGUGAAGGAAAGAGCAAGAGUAGCGGAAAACACGGUCAAGUCUCGCGUACGCCGUGGGGAAAGCCUACCAAGUCUGGAUACAAAACUGCCCGCACUAAGAAGAGAAAGAUUUAAGAGUGAUAGUCUUCACAAUAAGAGGCCUGUUUUCUUCCAUUUUCACUCAUUUUGUUUUGUGGAUUUGUAGUGAUGUCCUUCCUCUUUUAUUUCAACUGAACCAAUUGGAGAAAAAUACUCUCUCCGUUCCAUAAAAGAUGUCACAUUUUUUCCUUUC